AUAAUAAUUCUCACAAAAAAACAUGAUUUCAUAAACUUAGACAAUAAGUCAAACAAGUUAAACUAUAUUGCAUCUUAAUUUAAAUCAAUAACAUGAGAUAGUGUAACAAUAAUAAAAGAAAGAAAAAAAGAAAAGAUCUGUUAAAUGGACAGAGGAUACUAUUGAUAAUGAAAAUCUUGGAAAAUUAAAAUCUAAUAGUAUAAAUUUUAGAUUAAUAUGAAUUUAGUUUGUUGUAUUUAUCAUAAACCACAUGCUGAAGAAUCAGAGAGUUCAGAUACAUGUACAAGUGAUGAUGAGAUUAAUGCAAUCGAAAGAGAUAAAUAAUCAAAAUUAAAACAUAAAAUAAAAUGUUCCAAAAAAAACAAGAAGUGUUGUUGA